AUGGCAUCUUCCGGCAGUGUCUUCUCCGAGACCCUUCAGGAGAUCACCAACACAAAACUACAGGAGCUGUCUAAACGUCGCUCUCGUUUUGAACAAGCAAAGGCAUCCAUCUUAUCUUCUAUCGAUGAAGAACAAGAUGCCGUCAAACGUCUUGUCGCUCUAAGCGAUGGCGUCAAGAAAUCCUUCGGCAUCAAGAUUGAUCAAGAAAACAAGGUCGUUCUUGGCCGCACCAAGUUCAAACAUCUCGAAAUUGACCUCAGGAACCUUGACCGUUUCAUUGGUCAAGUCAAGAUCGACCCUUCUGUUUCCCCCAAGAUGUUGGCAGAUUGGGAGAAGCUGCUUGUUCGUCAGCUAGACAUGCAGGCUCUUCAGUACCAGUAUGCCUGGCUCUAUGGAGAGCUCGUUACUGAAUGGCUGUCUGGUGACAAGGAGAAAGACCAAGAAGCAGACGUCGAAAUGGGUGAGGCCUUCGAGGAUGUAGGUGAACAAGCCAAGCUGCAAUCCAAGAUCGAAUGGGAGAGCAUUGUGUUUGAGCCAGCUAUCGUUGACACCAGCGCCAUCACUAAAUAUCUGGACCACAUUUUCGGUGUCAGCGCCAAGGAGAAAAAGAAUAUUGCUAGUAGUCUGCAGCGGCUUCAACAGUCUGUCUCAAGCCAUGAAGCACGCAUCUCAACUCCGGACCAGUUCACAGUUGCCUCGCUCAAAUGGGUUAUCGCCGGUCUCCAAUCAUCGGACCUUCUAUCAAACGAGAAACGAGAGGUUCUCAAAGAUUUCGAAACAAAUGAGAUGAUUCUUAAAGAGAUUGCUGAUGUUCUCAACAUGCGAAUCAACGCCUUGGAAUCUUGGACCUGGAACUCGGAAUCCCCAGUUCCUUUGGAAAUGACGCGCAAGAUCAGCGGCAUUUAUAAUAUCCAUAUGCACGAAGAUCUCCUUCAGGCUAUAUUCCUGCAGUAUAUCGGCGUUAAGUGGAGUGUUUUCUUUAAGUCCGCAUUCAACACAUUUCGCAAUUCUGGAUCUUGGAAAUCCAUGCGCCAGAACAUCACUCUCGAUGAGCGGAGACGCCUAGGUUACUACCUAGGUCCUCUGGUAGCCGAACCCUCCUUACAGAGCCAGCGAGACAACGUUUACGGGGAAAGAUAUUUCGUGGCUCAGCUCAUGAAAUAUGAACACGAAAUUCUCAGUGCCGCUGAUGGCGAUGAAGAGGCGGAGUACGAACAAUUUAGCACGGCACAGUCAUUGAAACGAAAACCGCGAAUGAAGCAAACAGCCCGAAAAUCCACGGGAGGGAAAGCACCUCGCAGGCAGCUGGGUGGUAAGGCAUAUCGAAAAGCCGCUCCUUCGGCUAAUUUCCUUACGUUCAAUAGUACCCGUAGGUUCGAUGGGCUUGACGAGGAAGAGGAGGAGGGGGAGGAGGAAGAAGACGACGAGGGCAGUGAUGGCGAAGAUGAAGGCGAUAUUCGGAGCCCAAUGGCUCUGAAACAAACAUUGCUCCAUCUUCUGUCGUCCGAGAUCACAAUCAACACUCACCUUUACGGUGAAACGACGGCUUUCCACUCCGUAUUUGAGGAUUGGAACCCAAGACUACCACAUGACACCGUCUUGACAAUUUUGAAGUAUCUUGGUGUGUCGGACACUUGGCUCAGCUUCUUCAGGAAGUUCCUCGAAGCUCCCCUCAGGUUUGUCGACGAGGAUGACUCGACUGCACGUAAACGUUGCAGAGGAACACCUGCUUCCCAUGUGCUCAGUGAUGUUUUCGGCGAGACAACCCUGUUUUGUCUAGAUUUCUCUGUCAAUCAAUCCACUUCAAGCAACCUGUGGAGGAUGCAAGACAACUUCUGGUUCUGGUCCCAUGAUCAUAGUGUCGCAGUCAAGGCUUGGGAAACUGUUGAUGAGUUCAUCACCGUGGCGGGAGUUGAAAUCAAUCCUGCAAAGAGUGGAUCGGUCCGUAUCUCGAAGGACAGUAACGAAAUAUUGGCUAUUGACGGGUCACUCCCUGAAGGUGAUAUCCGCUGGGGCUUCCUGCGCUUGUCGCCAAAGACGGGUCGUUUCGAGAUUGAUCAGGCCAUGGUCGACUCUCACAUCAAAGAGCUACACAAGCAGCUGCUUGGCAAGCGCAAGAGUAUUCUUGGUUUCAUCCAGGCGUGGAACAGUUAUGCUGCAACCUUCUUUACGUCCAACUUUGGUAAAGCAGCAAACUGCUUUGGGCGCGAGCAUGUUGACAAUAUGCUUUCGACACACAGAAAGAUCGAGCGUGACGUAUUCACCAAGAUCUCGGGAGGCGAAGUUACAAGUGUUGCCGAGUACCUAAAGAAAGAACUUGGUGAGCGUUUCGGUAUUGAGGACGUUCCUGAUGGCUAUCUCUACUUCCCUAUGGAACUGGGUGGCCUUGACUUGCAGUCUCCAUUCAUCCCUCUCAUGCAAAUCAAAGACCAACUCAUCGAUGACCCUGCCAAACUCAUGAUUGAUUUUGAGGAACCCGAACGUAAUGCAUACGAGAAGUACAAGGAGCUCUUUGUCAAAGGAUGGCCCAGGCGGGAGAAGUACUCGCUGGACGAACCUGACUGGGAACCUGAAUCACAGUAUGACAGAGACAACUUUAUGUCUUUCCAAGAGUUCACUCGUUACAGAGAAUCAUACUUCUUUGAUCACUUCAAGCCGUCCGAAAGACUUCAUAGUGUCUUUCGCAACCUUCUCAAGAGACCAAGAGAGCGUAAGGUUGAUACUGAUGAAACUCAGACAGGUGCACUGGAGCGGCUACGCACGGAGCCGAACCUUCGGGGUAUCACGGGGUGGUGGGACACCAUGGACGCCUAUUGGACUUGGAUCACUAUGUUCUACGGACGAGAAAUUGUGGACCGCUUUGGAAGGCUCAAUAUUGUGAACACUGAGUUGUUACCUAUUGCAAUGGUGACUUUGUUUAGGGACAAGCGUGUCAACUGGCAGGGUUAA